AUGCGUCUCCAUGUCGAGGUGCUGCCGUUGCAGCAAGGUCCGGCGAGCUCACUUUACAGCAAUGUACAGCUCACAGCACGACCGCCGAAGAAGUUUGGCAUCAACGUGCGGCCGGAACAGAGACUCAGCGAGGUUUGGAGUCUUAUCGAAGGUCGCUACAAGCAGCUUUAUCUCACACCAGCUGAAGCAGCCACCUUCAUCGUCAAGAAGCUGCAAGAUGCAUACGGCGGCGAUAUCGACGUCGGCGACACUGUGUCUGAUGUGUUCGAAGGCGUGACGGAUCAGGAGAAGAGGGUGAUCCACGUGAUUCAAGGCUCGAUUGACCGUGAGAUGUCAGUGCUUGCCACGUCGAGUCUCAGACCGGUCACCGCGCAGAAGCGGCUCCUCGAUGUGUACCAGAGCGAGGGCUUCAAGCGCCGACGCAUCGGACAGGAACCCCCGGACUACGCGGUCGAGGACCUUCACCCGGACAGGCCGCUUCUGUCUCGCGAACGAGACGACGGUGAGGAUGUGUUUGCACAGCUUAGACAGUCUGCGGGAGAAGAAAGAGCUCAAAGCCGAGGGGCUGAUCCGCCGGUCAUUAUCAUCAAAGACUCUCAGCUUGACGCUGUUCCAAGCUCAGAUCCAUACGUCGAUGAGCCCAAGAGCGAAUCUCCGGAACAUGAGCUUCCAACUCUUCAGGAUAUCCCUCCCGCGGCAGUGCCGUCGCGUCUCAGCCCUGUGCUUGGCGACUUCAGUACUACUCCUAAAGAUGCCUUCAUCAAACCUUCUCUACCGGCAUCUAAAGCUCGUGCAAAUUCACGGCAGAUGAACGGGAUUGCGCCUUCGGUUCAACAGCCAGUGCAGCCGGCAGCCAUACAAACACCCCCGCGAGAAAAAGACAAACAGUGGCCGCCCAAGCUUCCUCCCAACCCGUACUCGUCAGUAGUGAAAGUUUCCGGGCCCACCGUAAAUCAUGAAGAGAUCGCAUCUAGUACUCCUCCGUCUGCGCAGCCGAACCGCGCACACGAUCGCCUGGCGUCUCCCACUGCAAAUACACCGCAACGUGCCGGCCUGGCAACGGGUAAACUGAGGUCUCCUUCGACAUCGGCCAAAAAGCAACUCGAGCUCAUCCGGGCAAGGCGGGGAAGUAGGGGCGAAAACACAGAUCUGAAAAAAGACCCAAACGACCCGAAAGACCCAACCGACCCUACUGUGGAGCCAGUCAGCAAACCAUCGACGGCGCCAGAACAACCACAAGCGCUUCAAGCCGAUGCUGCGUUAUUAUCAUUCUCACAGCAGAACAAGCGAAAGUCUAGUCCCUCGGUUGUUAUCACACCGACGCCACAGCAACGGAGCCGGUCGCGAAGUGCAGCAGCUUCCGAAAAGCCAACAGGUCGGCAAUCGAAUCCCUCAACGUCCGAAGAGAGUCAGCUCAAGCUGGAGCAACGGAAGGCAAAGGAAGCUGAGCGCCUUACUGAGCAGCAGGCGUCCGAAAGAAAGCGAGAGGCAAGCGUGCAGCGAAAGGCUAGAGAAGUUGAGAAUCUAAAAAGGGAGGCCGCUGCGAAAGACUAUUUCGCAAAGAAGGAGGCCAGCGACGCAGAGCGACGCUCACGAGAAAGGUCUGGCGCUCCACGUGCCCCACCCACUAUUGUGGCGACUGUACCAAGCGUACCAAACUCGUCUGCACAAACUUCUUUGCGAAGGUCCGUUUCGUUCAGUAAUGAAGUAGAAUAUUCGGAGCCAAAGAAGCCGCCUCAGCGUCGUAACAAUGGGGAUCUGGACAGCCCUGCGAGCAUCUUGAAGAAGGGCCCGAGUGCCACUCCAGCUUCUUCUAGUCCCUCAAUCCCUCCAGAGGUUUCAAAGUCAUCCGCCGGCCGGCGUACACCAUCGGUCUCAGCGCCUGACGCUCCAAAGGCUAAACCGACACCCCAGGCAAAGGUCAAACGAUUCUCACUGCUUUGCGAGUCCAGAGAACUGACGGAAAAGCAGAGGCCGCCAGCCAAGCAGAUUUUCCCUCCCGGUUACGGCCCCGCCGACCUUGCACGACUUUCCGGCACGCCGAUUGCAGAAGCCAAGCCUAAGCCUGAACCUGGACCGGCCACGGCGACAAAGGCGUCGCAACUGCGGCAGGCCGUCCUUCCCUACACUCGUGACAGAAGUAGCUCACGACCUCUUGAGGCUGAUCUUCCGACCAAAGCAACCCCACCGUCACAGGCUGCCUCUUCCUCGCAAGCUGCUCGCUCGCCACAAGCUGCCCGUUCGCCUCAAGCUAUUCCCUCGUCCCAGGACGAGUCCAUCGUGAUCUCUUCUGACAGCGAGGAGGAAGAAUCAGAUGUAUCAGGCUUGUCUGAGGAAGAAAGUGAUGAUGAAGAAGGAACGCCGAAGAAGGCUGUUCCCGCCGAGGGCGGAGGUGGCUCCCAAGCGAAACCUGGGGCUCCCCGCUCACCGUCUCCAGGCUCUUCACCACCGGAGCUCUCGACGACCCAAGAUAGCGCUCCUGACAGCAUACCCAACGGCAUAGAUGCGAAGUCAGCAGAAAAAGCCAAAGCUCCCCAUUCAUCGAUGGCCUCUGCACGGCACUCACCAUCGCCCUCGAAGCAGCUGACAAGCGAUCCCUCCACCCAGAAUGGUGCAUCUCAACCCACACCAAAGGGUGCAAACCCAAUGGGGCUGCCAAUGCCAGUGGUAAAUCUAUCAGCACCAUCUUCGCAGCAGCCCACCCCGUCGCAAAUCCUUACGCGCGACGACGACUACAACUUUCCAAACAUCAAGCAGCGCCAGGAGGACAUCCGCCGCCGCCGGCAGCUGGAACAGGCCCAGGAAGAGAAACGGCUCACGCAGGAGAGGAAUGCAGAGGCGCAGCGGCUGGCCGCGCGGAACGCUGGCCCUAGGAGCUCGUCCGAGGAGGAGGAAAGCGACAGUAGCUCUGAAAGCAGCAGUGACGACGAUGAUGAGGUUGCUGAGGUUACGGCGCGCAAAGUGGAGACGGCGAUCAGUAGUAAGGCUACGACGCCGAAUGGGGAUGGUAGGAUUGGUGCGGGUUUAGGAUCGCGUAUGUUAUACCUGUUCAAAGCGAGGGGUGUGUGA